AUGUAUAGUCCAGUUAUCGGAGUACGAAUAACUUGGGGAGAUACAAACGGGCCGAUAAUAAUUCCUUCUACGGAUGAAAUAACAUUAGAGAAGGGACAAAAUUUCACAAUAAUAUGCAGAUCUAAUAAAAAAGUACAAAUAAAACAACAGGAAUUGCCCGAAUAUAGCAAUCAAUUGCUCAAUGAGCAAACAACUGUGGCGCUAUCUGACUCUAAAUAUAAGUAUGAAACUGUAUUAGAUUUAGUCAACGUCAGCAGGAUUUCUGUUGGUUACUAUGCCUGCUUUGAUGAGAGCGUCAAUGAAACUGCUAUAUUAACUAACAUAAGAGAGGAACCUACUAAUACAGAUCAUGUAGCUUACAUAUAUAUUUACGUCAAUGGUACGGAUAGCCUAUUCGCACCUUUCAGAGAAAUGUUGAUAUCAAUAGGUAACUCAAAAGUUGUAAUAGAAUGUAAACCUACCACGCCCGAUGUUUCUGUCCAAUUAAUAGGGGACUUUCCAGAAAGCGAAUAUAGUUAUAGCCCGAAAAUUGGUUUCACCAUCGAUAGCGAACUUUUGGAUAGUCAAAUAACAUUUUUCAAUUGUGAUUUUACGAGACAUAACAUUACCACAACGAAAGAUGUGUUUGUACAUAAACAAAUUGAAAAACCUCCUACGCCGAGCAUAAAAGCUGAAUCGCCAUAUUUCAUUAAAGGAGAGACUUUUUCACUUAACUGUACGGUAACUUAUCAAGAGAAUACCGCUGUGUAUCUUGUAUGGAAACUGCCUUUCUCGAAGAGUGUUUUGAAUGAAACAAACGAGAAGGAGGCUACUGGUGGUAAUUUAUAUAAGAAGAUAACUAUAGUUAACGCAACAGAGGAAGAUGCUGGCGUCUACACAUGUUUAUCUACGAAUAGGAAUGGAGAGGAAAAGAAAGAGUUUACGAAAAUAUACAAAGAUGAAGGGUUUAUUAACCUAACGAAACCACAUAAUCAGAUGAACACACUGGAAACGAAGCAAAGGAUGAUAAAGCUUCAUGCGAAGAUAUCGGACUAUCCGCGUGCUAAUUUCACUGUUUUUCGUGAUGGAGUGCAAUUGCCAACAGUUGUCGCUGGAAAAUAUUAUUUGGUAGCUGAUCGUGGAAGCGUGGAUUAUUCCAUCUCAAACUUAAAUAUAAACGAUACAGGAAAUUAUACAAUCGUUGCAACAAAUGAUUAUGUAACAAAAAACGUAACCUACGAUCUUAGACCGCUUGCUAUACCAGUGAUUAAUUUUGGACGCAGCGAUGCGAGAAAGUAUUUGAAGGAUCAAAUUGCUUCAAUAAAAUGCGAGGCAGUUGGGUAUCCACAACCCAUUAUAGAUAUGGUAUUCACUGAUGAGAAGGGUCAGGAAAAGCGGCUAGAUUUGACUAAACGUACUAAAUUCGAAUCUAUAAUAAAAACAUCGUCAGAAGUACAAGUAAACGCGCGUGCAUCUGGCUAUAUAACUUGCCACGCCACAAAUAGCAUGGGUCACGUGUCUGAAGAGAGAAGAUUCAUCAUUCAAGAGGUGCCAGACGGUUUUGGAGUAAAGGACAGUCUGGGCUGGUACUCUGAAAAUCAGAAGGUUGAAUUGGAGUGUUAUGCUUCGAAAUAUGAGUUCUCCAACGUCUCGUGGAUUGAUUGGGAAGGUCUACUGAUGGAUAAUUACACCAAGUUUUACGAGACACAGUUCUCGUUUGUCGCCAAACUGGUGUUUGAUGGAAUAACAUUAAACGAUGCUGGGAACUACACGUGUGUGGGAUACAAAAAUGAUGAUUCAGAGGAAUCGUAUAUGACACAUGUGUCUGUUAUAGAACAACGGUUACCUGUUAUACUAAUUCCGGAGACGCUGGAGAUGGACGUUCAAGUGAAUCCCUACCAACCAAUCCAACUUACCUGUCAGGUUGAUGCUGUACCUCCUCCCACAGUCACCUGGUAUAAGGACGGAUUUCCUAUUGAAGAUACCGAGAACCUUGCAAUCAUUACAUUUAUGAUGAAUCGUACUACAUUAAAUUCAACGGUGGGAAUAAAGAGUAUGACAGAGGAUGAUAAGGGAAAAUACGAGUGUGUAGCAUAUAGCGGAGAAGAAACGCAGAGCAAGAUUUAUACUCUUCAUAUGAAAGAAACACCAACUUACAAAGGACUAUUAAGUUGUGUAGGCGUUAUUGUAUUCUUACUUAUAAUACUAAUUGCCUAUUUGGCAUGGAGAAUACGUAAGAUGAAGCAAUUUAAGAGGGAGUUAGCGGCAGCUGGUUUGCUCUACUUCAAGGAGGGAGUGCCGAAGUCCCUUAACCCGGACCUUGGAAUCGAUGAACAAGCCGAACUCUUACCUUAUGACGAUAAAUUUGAGUUUCCACCGGAAAAACUGAAAAUAGGGAAACAACUCGGCGCGGGAGCCUUCGGGGUGGUAUACAAAGCUGAGGCCAGGGGCAUAGUGAAUGCCGAAGAAUCUACCACAGUGGCUGUCAAAACUGUCAAAAAAAACCGCAGAUAA